AUGACACUCGCGCGCAACAUCAUCAUCUUCACAGUGACAGUGUCGCUGGUGACCUUCAUAGCCUUCUUCGGACGGCUACCAGCUUUUCGGGCUGACGAAUGCAGCAACACACCCAUAGGCUUCCUCAACCGCCUCUUCGUAGACCGCAUACCGUCGGCGCUCCGGACGCUCGAUGUCAAGCUCACCAAUGGUCGCAUCACCAAUGGCGCCUCCCGUCUGGGCCACCACCUCAUGUAUGAGAAGCAUCUCGCUGUCGUCGUCUUCUUCCUCGGCCUUGUGACCGCAUGUGCCACGCUCUUCUUGCCAAACGUCUGGCAUCUCCUCGGAUGGCACCAUAGGCUCCUCGUCUGCGCGCUGCUACCACAACCAUAUGUCUUCCUGUACUUGAGUGCGAAGAAAAACAACCAGACAUACAUCAACGCGUUCAACCAUGCUGAACAGAUGCGCCACUAUCCGUAUGACAGGAUCUUGUACUACCCAGGCAAUACAUGCACCACUUGCAAGUUCCUCAAGCCCGCCAGAAGCAAGCACUGCAGCAUAUGCAAGACAUGCGUCUCUAGAGCAGACCACCAUUGCAUAUGGGUGAAUAACUGUCUAGGCCGAGGUAACUACAAAUGGUUCCUAGCUCUUUUGCUGUCGACGACCGUUCUACUUGCUUAUGGGGCAUAUCUUGCCUACAUCACACUCUCACCGCUAGCUGCCAAACGAUACACCAAGUACGAGCGCUGGUAUGUAUACAAACCUGUCCCUGGCUCGGACCCGGCGGCCUGGUCAACAUACUUCGGCAUGAGGUGGCACAACUUCUUCACAUACGUAGGUAUCUACCUGGACGUAGGCGGACUACAAGCAUCCGGCGUCGGUCUUCUUGCACUACUUACAUGGCCGCUUCCCUUCGGCCUGUUAGCGUAUCACGUCUACCUGAUCUGGGCCGGCAUGACCACCAACGAGAGCGGAAAAUGGUCAGAUUGGCAAGAAGACAUGGCAGAGGAAAGCAGGCACAUCCUCAUCCGAACUGCAAGUGGCCAGCCACCGCGCACAUUACCCUCGCGCAUACGAUCCGUUGCGAAGGAAGAUAGUUUCGAGCGCGUGUGGAAUCUAGCCGCAGUCGAAAACGUAAAAGUCAUCAUGCCAUCCAACCAACUCUCCAAAUCCUCCACCUCCCAGCAACAAGUCCAACAAUCCCAACAACACGCGCGCGAUGUCGAAACGUCUGAACAUCACGCGAGCGCCAACGCCUCCGCGGGCUUGAAUCUGAAUAUUUUCGGCGCACUGUCCGGCGCCUUCUCUUCUAAGAGUAAAAAGACCACGCAUACAAAUGCAGAUGGGUCGAGUUUGAGUCAGGAGGAGAAACACGAUCAGGGCAUGGCCAACGCCGCAGCCCGUGGCCAAGGGAACGCAUAUGCGUCUGCGGGCGCGGAGGAGAGGAGCUUGAAGGCGAAGGGUACGGAGGUCGGGCAGAAGGCGGUUCAGGGAAAGAGGGUUGAUCAUUUGGGUAUUGAAGCGUAG